AUGAACACUACGCAGCGGAGUGAAAGUAUAAAUUCAUUCUUUGAUGGUUUUGUUACAGCUGGUACAACAUUAAAAGAAUUUGUGGAAAAAUAUAAUCAAGCUGUAGAUACUCGCUACGAGUCUUUUAGAAGGGAAAACUUUGAAUCUAUGCACAAAGAAAGGCGUUUGGUAUUGAAUAUGCCAUUGGAGAGACAUGCAACUAAAGAAUAUACCUCUAAUAUUUUUGACAAGUUCAGCAAAGAGCUGUGUGAUAGUUUACAAUACUCUACGGAGAAACUUGGAAAUGACGGAGAAUGGGUUACCUAUAGAGUUUUUAAUAUGGAAGAUAUAGAAAAUUCUGCAACAGUGGAGACAAAGGUGGAUGAUAAAGAAGCUAGGUGUUCUUGUCAAUAUUUUGAAUUCAUGGGAAUCCUAUGUAAGCAUAUUCUUGCUAUUUUGUUUGUUGAAGGUGUUUAUCAAAUUCCUGAGCAUUUCAUUUUGCGUCGUUGGAGCAAGGAAGGAAAUUAUAUACUAAGUUCAUACAACGACACAUGUUUUUCUCCUGGAGAUGGACUCCUUCAGAACCUUCAGCUAAGCUCUAAAUUGUCUAGAAUUGCUGAGCUUGCAAAAAGGUCACACAAGGCAUUUAGAAUCAUUAAUGAUGGUGUUGACUCUCUUGCUACGUUUGCAGAAAAGUGUUUAAUAUCUGAGGAGAGUGAGGGUCUAGAGGAUUUCAACUUACAUUCUUUGGAUUCUCAACUCGAAGAGUCUUCCAUUAUGAACUUGAAGGAUCCUAACAUUUCACAAACUAAAGGCCGUAAAAGGAUUCAAAGUGGGAUUGAAGAAGCAUCAAAGCAUACUAAUAUAUGUGGACAUUGCAAGAAACGAGGACAUAAUAAGCGUACAUGCAAAGAAAAAAAUGGAACUGAUGUUGAAGUUAAUUUUGAGGUGUGCAUAAAUUAUGUUUGUAUGCUAAGCUAUUCCUUUUUACCCUCUUUUGAUUUUAUUGGCAGACUAGCAUUUGCUUGUCAUUCCUUUCUUGGUGAUAAAUGA